CACUGAAAAUGGCCACGCAAGCGAAUGGAAUCAUAACAUUGCAUAGAAGUGUCUUUACUUACCCUCUUAUCGUAAAAUGUCAGCUAUUUAAUUAAAAAAAAUUCUUGGUGGCUGUUUCUACCUAUAUUUGACAAGCGGAAGUUACAGAAAAAGUUACAUAUUUUUGCCCUUGGUGCUAUGAAAACAUGUUGCUUGUCUCUGUGAAAGCUAACCGACAGCAGCAGCAACAACUAGCUAGCAAAUGGCUAUUCGGCUUUGAUGUCUGUCACCGUGCAAAAUGACAAGAAGACGAGCCAGGCAGUGAGACGGUUAGCUAACAGUAUGUGACACACACGCGCUCUGCUCACACCCCCCCAAAGUUUUUUUUUUUUUAAAGAUGCCUCGUCUGGAAGAGUUGGCCAACGUUGCCCUCAGGGUGCCGAGUCUACUGGUGCUGGACCUGCUGUAUAAAUGUGACAUAGAAGGUUUAACGGAGCACAUCAAAGCCAAAAAUGAAGACAUGCUUUUCAAAUACAAAUAUGUCAUCUGGAACAUGUACUACAUUGGUCAUCUGAUAAAUGUGGUGGUGUUGGUUCUGCCAUUGAGACACAUUGUGAUGCUCUACCUCCACAUCCUCGCUGCCAUGCUCCUAUACAUGGGGCAUCAGGUUUCUAAGGAUUAUGUUCGUGAGGAGCUGCAGUACGGUUUUGAAGGAGCUGUGUACCUCGACUCUCUGGCCUUCAACAGAUUUGUCUCUGCAAUGACUAGUCAGAUCAUUCUCAGCACACUGUGUGCUUUCCUGAUGAAGACCAGAAAGGUGUGGUUGUUCUCUGCUCACAUGCUCCCCCUGCUGGCCAGACUCUGCGCUGCGCAUCACACCACUCUGUUAACUGUCAACACUUUGUCCAUGGGACUGACUGGAGCGGGAAUCACCGUGUUCCUCCUCUCGCAUGUCUUUGUGCCAUAUCGCCUUGCAAAGGCUGCCUAUUCAGAGUUGCUGCAGCUGGAGGUGAUCGAACUGUACAGACUUCUGGCUGUGGGAAUCUCUUUGUGGAACCAGUUUGCCGUCCCAGUGCUCUUCAGUGUCUUUUGGUUUGUUCUGUUCAUCGUCCAGCUGUUCCCAGACACCAUGUCUGGCCUCGCCUCUGCAGGCCAUCAGGGAAUCAUGUUCUUCCUGCUCACCAGUGUCUCUGAAUGCUGUGCCACACCGUACUCUCUUCUGGGUCUGACCUUUGUGGUGUCCUAUCUCGCUCUCGGACUGCUCAACCUAUGCAAGUUCUACCUGGGAGGUUAUGCAGGGGUUCAGAAUGACAACGUCAUGCACAGAGGUGUGACCGAGGGCGUCACUCUGCUCCUGCUUGCUCUCCAGACGGGCCUGUUAGACAUGCAGGCACUGCAGCGCACCUUCCUCCUCAGCAUCAUCCUCUUCAUCGUGGUGACUUCAACCCUGCAGUCGAUGAUCGAAAUAACAGAUCCAGUUAUUCUGGCCCUGGGGGCGUCCCGCAACAGGAGUGUGUGGAAACACUUCCGUGGCCUCAGCAUGUGUCUUCUUCUUCUGGUUUUCCCUGUCUUCAUGGCUUAUAAAAUCUCCCAGUUCUUCCACAUGGACUUCUGGCUCCUUAUACUGGUGUCUAGCUGCAUGCUGACCUCCCUUCAGGUUACAGGCACUAUGCUGAUCUACUCCCUCUUCAUGGUGGAGCUGUUCCGCAGCGACCCAAUCGAGAGCCUGGACGAGGUGAUCUACUGGGUGAACGCCGUCAGCAGGGUGCUGGAGUUUGUGGUGGCGCUCUGCGUAGUGGCGUACGGCACCUGGGAGUCGCUGUUCGGCGAGUGGAGCUGGAUGGGCGCCUCCGUCAUUAUCAUCCACUCUUACUUCAACGUUUGGCUCCGAGCUCAGUCUGGCUGGAGGAGCUUCCUGCUCCGACAGGAAGCGGCAAAGAAGAUCAACUCCCUCCCCAGAGCCACGGCUCGACAGCUGCAGCAGCACAACGACGUCUGUUCCAUCUGCUUUCAGGAAAUGAGCUCUGCUGUGAUAACAUACUGCGGACAUUUCUUCCAUGGCAACUGCCUCCGCAAGUGGCUGUAUGUGCAGGAGACCUGCCCCAUGUGCCACCAAACGGUCCGACCCACCCUGACCGGUCAGAGCCCAGCUUCAGGCGACACUCCGGCUGCUCCAACUCCAAUUCAGAGAGACACGGGCCCCAAUCUGGCUGCACAAGAGGGAGAUCAGAACCCGGACAACGGCACGUCCCAAGAAACUCCGAGCGAUGCCACAACUCCUGAUCCAACCGAGGAGCGGGAGGAGACUAAAAGCUUUGAGGAUGGAGAUUGCGGGUGCGAAAAUAAAGACAAAUCCACUGAAAAUAACAGGGAAGCGGUCCAAGGUCUUUGUUUCAGCUCUAGUGGAGACUUUGUUGGAUUUGUCAGCCCAGUGUCCAGCUGCUCUUCAGGGGGUAAUUUUAGUUCCCAUGUGCCGUUGGGUAAAAAGUCUCCUCUUAACAUGGCCAACAAAGGGGAGGAGAGUGGCAAGGACUCACCGUUGCCAUCAUCUUUAAAUGAGUACACGGUGGAGAGCCAAUCGGAUACUAAUAGAGCAGAACUUGAAGACAUCAGUACUUUCUCUCCUAGAGUGGCACAGAAUGCCAAUGGUAAUAACCAUAACAGCUGUGAAGGGACAUCUGAAUCAUGGAACAGCUUUGAUUCACCAGAAUCAAACAAAAAACAUGAGGCAUCUGGUGUGAGCCUUGUCGAUAGCCCGUCUGUCAAAUCAUGUAAUGAAAACUCAGGACUCUUAGACUGCAUUGACGAUCCUCCGAAUCAUAAAGGAAACAACACAUAUUCCGACUUGGACCUGGAUGGGCUCAGAGAGGUUGAAACUGUGUCUAAGACACCUCGGCUGUCCUCCUCCGAGGCAUCCUUUUCUUGCACAAGCACAGACAACAGCAACUGAUUGCCCUGCAUCAGUGCCUUGACAGUGUGAAAGGGUGACCCCCCGAAUCCCCCACCCCCCAUAAUACGGAAAUAAACACAUUUGCCUUCUCUCUGUGAACCAAUCGUAAAAUGUCUUUUACCAGACAUUGUAAUGAAUGUGCUUCAGUUUAGUAAAUAACAUGCAUCUGAAUGAAUAUAGAGACUAAAUUGUGUUGGGUUAAAAUAAUACCCUUAUUGUACAACUGUAAAGAAAUUGUAAAAAAAAAGAAAAGAAAGAUAUUUAUUAUAAUUCAUAGUGUGUAACUAUAAAGCAAUUAUCUUGCAUCAAUAUUUACCAAAUUCUGGCAGGUUACAAAUAAAGAUGUUUACUUAGUGAAAUGAAAUAGCAUUUGAUUCAUUUGUUUUGUAUGCAUUGAAUUUUUGUGAACGCUUCAGCAUCAAAAAGUUUCAACAGUUGUCUGUUAUUCAUGAAUCAGCCUUUUGUUCUGCAAAGGUAAUCUGUCUCCCAGUAUUAAUAGUAAUAUUUUAUUGUUUUACUGUAGUUUUUUUUUU